AAAAAAAAAAGAUCUAAUGAGUAGUAUAGAUAUAUUAAUAGAAAAAUUUUAUUGGAAUUCAAUAUGUAAAACAAUAUGGAAAGAAAAUUUUGAUGAUUUUGAUGAAAUAAUUGAUUGGAUUCAUUCAGAAACUGUUGUUAUGAAUGCAAUAAUACAUAGUAACAAUGAAAUUAUACCAUCAUAUGAAAAAAUUAUAAAAACAAUUAAUUUUCUUAAACAAAAUAAUUUUUGGCGUUCUAAUCCAUUUUCACUUCUUAUUCAUAAUAAUAAUGAAACUAUUAUUAAAGAGAAUAAUCAAUUAUAUAUAAGAAAUAUCAAAAAUUUAUGGGGGAAAUAAUGAAUAAAAUAUAAAGAUGAUUGAUUACAUAACAAUACACGUUUAAUAAAAAUUAAUAAAAUAAAACGAUUGAAUUAAAAGUGUAUUGAUUAUCAGAUCACUUAAAUGUACUUUAUUGGAAUAUUCUUAUUUGAUUGGUUAUUUGUGUAAAUAAUAAUAAUAAUAAUAGAUCUUUUAAACUUAUUGUAUCUCUCUUAUAUAAUUAACUCAAAUUUAAUUUAGAUAUAAAUUUUAUUUAGAAUUUUGAUGAAGUUUUAUUCUCUAAGCUGAAUGAUUUGGUUAUGAGAGAACAAAACUCUGCGAGACUCUAAUUUAUGGAUGAGUCAAUCAGAAGCGUUUGAGAGAUUUCAAGGUCAUGGCGCCAAUUUCAGUACCUGAUGCUCAUAUACGAUCGGUCUACAGAGAAGACUUGACAAUUAAGCGGCUAC